GCUCUCAUUCCCACGUCUUUAUCUGAGGUCUGCAGCGUUAAUCCUCUUAAAUCGUCGUCAACAGGGGCCGAGCGAGCCUCUCUGCGGUGCACAGUGCCCUCCCCCGCGGUUACUCAGCGAGGCACAGCCUGCCGACUCCACCGCAAUGAAGCGCGUGUUUCUGUAGGGUCGCGGUGGGAACGGUGCGUGGGGACCGAGCAGAUGCCGCUCCCGCCAUGAUGCGUCCCGGGAAGCGGAGCUUUCGAGCGGCGUUGAUCUUCCUGUCCGUCGCCCAGCUGACUGCAGGUCUAAGGUGUGUCUGCCAGCUUUGCGCCAACCACACCUGUGAGACGACCGCAGAUGGAGCCUGCUGGAACUCUGUGAUGCUAAUUGAUGGGAAGGAGGAAACGGACAAGUCGUGCAUGUCGCCCUCUGAGAUGAAGGGCCAGGUCUUCUGCUACAGCUCCCCAAAUGUCUCAAAGAGGAACUGCUGCUUCAUUGAUUUCUGCAACAAUGAGACUCUGCACCUGCACCCAGAGAGGCCUUUGGAAGAACCCGCCUGGAGCAAGCUGCAGCUCGCUGCCGUGAUCCUGGUGCCCUCCUGCCUGUUGUGUGUGGGGAUCCUGCUGAGUGUGUUCGUUGUGCAGAGCCACCGCUGUGUUUACACCAGAGCGCACAAGCAGGACCCAGAGGAGCCUUUGGAGGACCAGAUGCUAAUGUCACAUGACAAAUGUCUCAAAGAUCUGAUCUAUGACAUGAGCACCUCAGGCUCCGGAUCAGGUCUGCCUUUGCUGGUCCAGCGGACGAUAGCUCAGACCAUUGUCCUGCAGGAGUCUAUUGGGAAGGGUCGGUUUGGGGAGGUGUGGCGGGGAAAGUGGCGAGGAGAGGAUGUGGCGGUGAAGAUUUUCUCCUCCAGAGACGAGAGGUCGUGGUUUCGUGAAGCAGAAAUUUAUCAGACAAUCAUGCUCAGACAUGAGAACAUCUUGGGCUUCAUUGCUGCAGACAACAAAGGCAUCAAAAUCAGAUACACAGACCAAAAAGAAUCAAGUUCACAUGAUAUUUAUGAGAUAAAUGUGCCAACAUGUGACUGUAUUCUUGCAGAUAAUGGCUCGUGGACCCAGCUCUGGUUGGUGUCAGAGUACCACGAGCAUGGCUCCCUUUAUGACUACCUGAACAGGUACACAGUCCCUCUGGAAGGCAUGAUCGUCCUCGCUCUGUCCAUAGCAAGUGGACUAGCACAUCUCCACAUGGAACUCAUUGGAACACAGGGGAAACCUGCCAUUGCUCACAGAGACCUAAAGUCCAAAAAUGUCCUGGUGAAGGCGAACGGCACAGCGGUCAUCGCAGAUUUGGGUUUGGCUGUGAAACACGACUCCAGCAGCAACUCCAUGGACAUACCGUCCAACCACAGAGUGGGAACCAAGAGGUACAUGGCCCCAGAAAUCCUGGAUGAGACAAUCAAUAUGAACUGCUUUGAGUCAUUCAAAAGGGCGGAUAUCUACUCGCUAGGCCUGGUGUUCUGGGAACUGGCCCGCAGGUGUUCUGUUAGAGGACUUCAAGAAGAUUUCCAGCUGCCUUACUUUGACUUUGUGCCUUCUGAGCCAACCAUUGAGGACAUGAGGAAGGUACUGUGUGAGCAGAAACUCCGACCCAACGUUCCCAACCAGUGGCAGAGCUGUGAGACGCUGCGUGUGAUGGGCAAACUGAUGAGAGAGUGCUGGCAUGCCAACCCUGCUGCUCGACUCACUGCUCUGCGGGUCAAGAAAACCGUCUCUCAGCUGUCUUUCAUCAAGGAUGUCAAAGAUUAGUAGGACCAGAGCAAACUGGGAGAAACUCUGAUAGUCCGAGGCUGCCCUCUUCAGGAAAGAUAAACACUGUUCACCCUCUGGGAGCAACUUCAGGUUGUUUUUGGUGCCAAAGUUUUGUAGGGGGUGUCAGUGGCUGCUUUACACACACACACACACACACACACACAUACACACACACACCUACACACACACACACACAGUAAAAAAAAAGAAGAACCGAGCAGCUGCACUUUUGGUCGGAAGAACCAUAAGAAUGUAUGUAUGUAAAAUAUAAUGUAUACACAGAUAAUGUUGCUACCUCAGACAUUUAAGUGCCCGAAGCUUGAAGUUGCACAUGGUGAUGUUUUCGUGCCAUAUCUUGUAUCAAACACAGUAUCGCUGAGUAGUUAGUGUGCUAACUGACCAUCCCACGCCUACUGGAGAAGAAACCCUGAGUGGGUUUAGAUGACACACUUACAGACUGUCCCUGAUAAUCUCAAUGUUGAAGUGCUAAUGAUUAGUUAUUACAGGACUAAUUGUAUGUACAAUAAGAUACAUAAUGUGUUGCUGGUCCAUUGUUUCUGUUGGUCCAAAUAUUGAACGGACCACCAUGACAUUUGGUUCAGAAAAUCCUGGUCCCCAGAGGAUGAAUAAUAAUAAUCUCCUACUGGAGGAAACUAAGAGUUAUCCUAAAAUCAACCGACUGAACCCUUUUGGGUUUAGUGAAAAGGCCGUUCUUCUGGUGCCGCCCAAAGCCAAACUUUACCGAUUUAGACUGACAAAUGAAGUAGUCUCAUGGGAUCAGUAGAGCUGACAUAGACUUUUUUUUCUUUUCCUUUUGCACAAAGAGAAGUAUAACUAUAAGUUCCUGCUCUACAGUUUUCCUAUUUAAAGCUUUGCGUUGCUGAAAUACGCUUCUCUCUGACGGGUGAAUGCUGGCAACAAAGUGUGAUCAUGAAUGUGAAACGGGAUGUUUUACAUUGUUGAAAUACAUGUAUAUUCCCACUGGAGGGAUGUUAUUCAAAUCAUGAAGUCUUUAUGAUUUGAAUGCACAAACCUCAGUAAGUUAACAUUGGCUCGUUUGUAUUCUUAACGAGGACAUCUGACACUACAUUCAAUAUGUUAUAAAACACCCAUUUGUACAAGCCCGAUGCUGUGUGACAGCAGGCUUCUCAACGCACUACAUAAUAACAAAGACCAAGAUAAGGUAAUAUCUUGAUAAAGCUAAUGAUGAAAUCAUAAAAAUGAUGACUACUUACUGUCAUUAAAUGAGUCUCAGACAUUUCCCUUGCAGGGCCUUGUCUGGGUGAUGGGUGUACAAUACGAUGAGGCCUGUGAAGUCUUGUCACAACAGGCUUUGAGAGAAUCUGUGUUCCAUGUGUGCUUAUACGCACCCACAUAUGUGACGGUGUGCCUGUGUGUGCGUUUCAUAUCAUGUGCAUCCUGUGUUUAAAGACGUGAAUCUGAUGUGUUAAUGUUUGUGAAGCUGGUACUGUGCAGAAACCCCGUUUCCCAGCCAUCAUGGCUUUCAAUUCAUCCUCAGUCCUUUCAUCCUCACGCCCAUGUUUUUAGUUGCGACGGCGAGGUACUUUCUUCCACGUGGCUGCUUCGUGUUGACACAAACACAAGCUCAGUUAUGAAGGCGUCAUGACUAAUAGUUGAUAAUGUUGAAUCAGCUGUUACUUGCUCCGUGUUUUUCUUUUUAUGAAAUGAUUAGUUGUGUGUUGCAGAAUACAGAUAUAUUGAAAAUGCAGUAUUAGUGUCCGUCUCUGCCUGGGUCCAAUUAAAGUACUUGUGAUGUAUAUAUGUUUUGAUCUAAUGUUGGAUCGAUGCUCAACCAAGCUAAGAUAAUAGUGUCAUAUCUGCCAUAAGUGUUUGUGUCCUAUCAUCAUGGCUUUCAAUUCAUCCUCAGUUAUCUUCCAGGUUUUAAGUUGUUAUGGCGAGGUACUUACUUCCAUGUGGCUGCUCAGUGUUGACGCAUACAAGUUCUGUUCUGAAGGCGUCGUCAUGACUACUGGGGGAUAAUGUAGCAUCAGCCGUCGCUCUUUUGACAAAUAUCAGUUCAUGUAAGUCUUCGUGUUUUUCUUUUCAUGACAUGAUUUCGUUGACUUCAAUCAUGGGAUCAUUCAACUUUGUGUGUCUCAGAAUAUGAAAUAUUGAAAAUGCUGUAUGAAAGCGUCCGUCUCUGCCUGGGUCCAAUGAAAGUACUUUUAAUAUAUAUUAGUUUUAUAUCUAUUGUUGGAUUUAUGCUAAACCAAACUUAGAUUUCGUCUAUAGUGUCAUAUCUGUUUCUCCAAGAAUCAGACUGGUAACACAACCGAACGCUUAUCAUAGAAAAGACGUAUCAAUCAUUCCAAAGAGUGGCUACCAUGUGCGAUUUUUGACUUAUAUUGUAAUUUUAAAAAAAAAUAUAUUGUAUAUGGAAUCGCUAAAUGCUCAAAUCAAAUGUGAAAUCACGUUCAUAAAAUGAGCUUUUGGAUUUUCAUCCUGUUAUGUAGAUCAAUAUCGUUUUGUGUUGUUGCUCAGAUUUCAUGCCCCUGCAUUGUAUCUCUUACACUAUUUAUUCUGUAUAGAAAUUAGUUGGGUCAAUAAACUGUUUAUCAUGGA